AUGGACUUUUGGGGGAUUUACCUGCUCCUAUGCCUCGCUCUGCUCCCGCGCACCAGCUCCACGGCGGCCAAGGAGCUGCAAUGCCAGGAGAUAGCGGUGCCCCUGUGCAAAGGCAUCGGCUACAACUACACCUACAUGCCCAACCAGUUCAACCACGACACGCAGGACGAGGCUGGCUUGGAGGUGCACCAGUUCUGGCCUCUCGUCGAGAUCCAGUGCUCUCCGGACCUGAAGUUUUUCCUGUGCAGCAUGUACACACCGAUCUGUCUGGAGGACUAUAAAAAGCCACUACCGCCGUGCCGGAGCGUGUGCGAGCGAGCCAAGGCUGGGUGCGCGCCUCUCAUGCGUCAGUAUGGCUUCCCCUGGCCGGAUAGGAUGAAGUGCGACCAGCUACCAGUGCAGGGCAACCCAGACACGUUGUGCAUGGACUAUAACAGAACGGACUCCACUACUGUCUCUCCCGUUCUGUCUAAGCCCACCAACAACCCCGGCAAUAACAACAAAGGCGCCUACAACAACCAGCCGGGGAACAAGCACAAGCCAGGGAGACCGGGAGCGCCUGUGAAGUACAAGCCGCCUUCUGCCCCCUGCGAGUCCGGGUGCAAGUGUCAGGGGCCCAUGGUGCCGGUGAGCACAGACAGACACCCGCUCUACAACCGAGUGAAGACGGGCCAUAUCAACAACUGUGCCAUGCCGUGCCAUAACCCCUUCUUUACGCCUGACGAGAGAGCGUUUACGGCGUUUUGGAUCGGCUUGUGGUCCGUGUUGUGCUUCAUCUCGACCUUCGCCACUGUGGCCACUUUCCUCAUAGACAUGGAACGCUUCAAGUAUCCGGAGAGACCGAUCAUCUUCCUCUCCGUGUGCUACAUGUUCGUGUCUGUGGGCUACAUCGUGCGCCUUGUCGCUGGGCAUGAGAAAGUGGCGUGCAACAGGGAAUAUGACAUUGAGCACAUUCACUACGAGACGACUGGACCCGCACUGUGCACCGUGGUUUUCCUGCUGAUCUACUUCUUCGGCAUGGCCAGCUCCAUUUGGUGGGUCAUCCUAUCGCUGACCUGGUUCCUUGCGGCAGGAAUGAAGUGGGGAAACGAAGCCAUAGCGAGUUAUUCUCAGUAUUUUCACCUGGCAGCGUGGCUUAUCCCCAGCAUGAAAUCCAUAGCUGUCUUAGCGCUUAGUUCUGUUGAUGGGGACUCUGUGGCUGGGAUAUGCUACGUGGGAAACCAAAACUUGGACAAUUUAAGAGGGUUUGUUCUUGCUCCUUUGGUGAUAUAUUUAUUCAUCGGCACCAUGUUCCUUCUGGCUGGAUUUGUCUCACUUUUCAGAAUAAGAAGUGUCAUCAAGCAAGGAGGCACUAAGACUGACAAGUUGGAGAAGCUUAUGAUAAGAAUAGGUAUCUUCACUGUCUUGUACACAGUGCCCGCGACUAUUAUAGUGGCGUGUUACUUUUACGAACAACACAACAGACAAAGUUGGGAGAUAACUCACACUUGUGGGGACUGCUUGCUAGAAAGAGACAGAAGGAGCCCGGACUAUGCUGUUUUUAUGCUCAAAUACUUUAUGUGCCUGCUUGUGGGCAUCACCUCCGGGGUUUGGAUUUGGUCCGGCAAAACUGUGGAUACCUGGAGGACUUUCUGCACCCGCUGCUGCUGGGGGAGCAAAGGCACCAGUGGCUCCAUGUACAGUGACGUGAGCACAGGACUAACGUGGCGGUCCGGAACAGCCAGCUCUGUGUCCUGCCCCAAGCAGAUGCCAUUGUCCCAAGUUUGA